AUGGUCAUUGAAGAUGAAGGAGAUAUUGGUAACAAUGACUUUGAUGGAAGUGAUGCAAAUCUGUCUGUAGAAGUGUCGCAUGCAUAUACAACAGAAUUGGAAGACUUCAUGCAAAUUCAUUGUCAGAUCAGGGACAGUGUUACUCAUUCUCAAUUGCAGUCAGAUCUUAUCAAGCAUUU